GGGCGUGCCCGAUCUGCUGCUGUUGGCGUAGGGGCGAUCUGCUGCUGCUGGUUCGUGCACGAUCUCCUGCACACUCCCCUACAGUUGGCGUGGGCGCGGGCGUGCCCGAUCUGCUGCUGUUGGCGUAGGGGCGAUCUGCUGCUGCUGGUUCGUGCACGAUCUCCUGCACACUCCCCUACAGUUGGCGUGGGCGCGAUCUGCUGUCGCUGCCGCGUGCACGAUCUGCUGCUCCUGGCGCAACGCGUUGCUUCUGGCGUAUGCGCGAUCUGCUGCGGCGGGCGACUUCGCGAUCUGCUGCUGCUGGCGAUUUCGCGAUCUGCUGCUGCUGGCGAUUUCGUAAGCUGCUGCUGCUGGCGAUUUCGUCAUCUGCUACUGCUGACGUGCGUUCUAUCCGCUGCUGAUGGCGUUUCUACUCUCUGCCGCUUUUGGCGCCUGCGCAAUCUGCCGCUGCUACUGUCUGCGCGAUCUGCCGCUGCUGCUGUGUGCGCGAUCUGCUGCUGCAAUGUUGCUGCUGUACUGGUCGUGAUCUGCUCCUGCUGCU